AUGGACCCCAACAUCACCAAGGCGCUGAACGAUAAGCUCUACGACAAGCGCAAGAGCGGAGCCCUCGAGCUCGAAGGCCUCAUACGUGAUGCACUCGCCGCCGAGGACCACGACCGGAUAGCCAAGAUUGUGCACCAGCUCUGUCACGACUAUGCCUAUGCCGUCCAUCAGCCGCACGCCAGGAAUGGCGGCCUCAUUGGCCUUGCGGCCGCUUCGAUAGCCUUGGGGCCUGAAGUCGCUCGCUACCUCGACGAAAUAGUCCCUCCGGUGCUCGCGUGCUUUGGCGACCAAGAUGCACGUGUCAGGUACUAUGCCUGCGAGUCCAUGUACAAUAUUGCAAAGGUCGCCAAGGGCGAGAUACUCGUCUACUUCAACUCUGUAUUCGAUGCGCUCUGCAAGAUGGCAGCAGAUAGUGAACUGUCCGUCAAGAAUGGAGCUGAACUGCUGGACCGCCUGAUCAAAGACAUCGUCGCAGAGUCCGCCGCCACCUAUGUCUCUGUCCUACAUGCCCCAGUCGACCAUGCAGAGCCGCCCGCUACAGAUGAUCCCGACCAACCACCGUACGAUGUACCCACCGCUUUCAACCUGGAGCGAUUUCUGCCCCUCCUCGAAGAACGCAUCAACGUCAUCAACCCAUUUACACGAGUCUUCCUGGUCUCAUGGAUUACCCUGCUAGACUCUAUACCAGAUCUCGAGCUCAUCGCUCACCUUCCGCGCUUCCUCGGUGGUCUGUUCAAGUUCCUGAGCGACUCCAACCAGGAUGUGUACACCAUGGCCCAGGCGGCGCUCGACAGGUUCCUGGCAGAGAUUAAGAAGAUUGCGAGGGUCAAAAAGGGUAUCGCAGAGAGCAAGAAGAGUCAUGGCAAGGAGGAGCGACGGCAUUCCCUCUCGAGUGUGCGUAGUGCGGCAGUCGAGAGCGAGGCCACAGACAGCAUGCAACUUGAGCCACUAGAUCCUGUAGACGACAGGGGCGUAGCUAGUGGAUACAGUGACUCGAUUUCGGGUGAUAGCGAAAAGUCUGUCAAUGGAGAUGGGAAUUGGGUGCCAGGCCAAGACGUUCAUGUAGAUCACCCAAAGAUCUUGACCAUACUGGUCGACUUUCUAGUCGCUCCGGCAGAUCCAAAUGACGAACAAACCGAAAUUUUGCUCACUGCCUUACGAUGGAUCGACAGCUUCUUUGAGAUCUGCCCAGAGGACAUUAUGCCGUUUGUUCCAAGCCUGUUGUCGCAUGUGCUGCCACGCAUGUCACACGAGGUGGACAGCGUUCGCAAGGCGGCUGUCAAAGUGAAUGCGUCUUUGAUGGACUAUAUUUUGUCCUUGUCUGACGACAGUCGAACUUCAGAUGGCAGCUCAGGUGGUCAGAUUCAACUGCCACCUUCACUGUCUGAGCUUGGCAAGGAGCUCACAGGAACACAACGGCGCGACUCCAACUUGUCUGGGCGGUUACUCAAAGCAGUCAUACGAGAUCAAGCAAGCAGAGUUGAGUCACCAGAAGUCAGAGAAACGCGUUCAUCGACACCGGCUGAAGACCGCGGCCCAUCACCACGUCCAAUACCAGAGCUCGACUAUCAAGCCGCUGUCAGUGCGCUUACGUUGCAGUUCUUGAACGAGCACGAGGCCACACGUGUUGCAGCCAUAGCUUGGCUUAUAAUGCUGCAUCGCAUGGCGCCUGGCAAGAUACUCACAGUCGAUGACGGAACAUUUCCCGCAUUGCUUAAGACGCUCUCGGACCCUUCAGAUGCCGUUGUCACUCGCGACUUGCUUCUUCUGUCUCAAAUCUCCCUGCACAGUGAUGACACAUACUUCACCUCGUUCAUGGUUAAUCUCCUGAAGCUUUUUUGCACGGACCGUCGAUUACUCGAGACCCGGGGAAAUCUCAUUAUCCGACAGCUAUGUUUGACCCUCAGUGCUGAAAGGAUAUAUCGAACCAUGGCGGACUGCCUGGCUAAAGACGAGGAUGUCGAGUUCGCGAGCAUAAUGGUUCAGAAUCUCAACAACAACCUCAUCACCGCGCCUGAGCUAGCAGAUUUGCGAAGACGACUUAGGAACCUCGACAGCAAGGAUCAGGAUGGUCAAUCAUUUUUCGUCACGCUCUUCAAAGCAUGGUGUCACAACGCUGUGGCUACGUUCUCACUGUGCCUCCUUGCCCAAGCCUACGAACAGGCAUAUCAUCUGCUUCAAGUAUUUGCCGACCUCGAGAUGACAGUCAACAUGCUCAUUCAAAUUGACAAGCUCGUCCAACUGCUAGAAUCACCCGUUUUUACUUGCAAGUCUGCUCUCCUUCUCGAGCCAGAAAAGUACUCGCAUCUCUACAAGUGCAUGUACGGCCUGCUCAUGCUCCUCCCGCAAUCCUCGGCCUUCGCGGCGCUUAAGAAUCGCCUCAACAGUGUCUCCGCAAUCGGCUAUCUGCACAUCGCGCCGCGCUCGAGCACGUAUGUUCCCACUUCCUCUCCUACAUUAAAUCACUUGCGACAAAAGAGCUCAGAUGUUGGAACCCCUAGUGUCCCCUCCGGCCCCUCUGGCGUCUCCAACUUCGAACGGCCGAACCGGCUUAGACCGAAAGAGGAAGGUGCUGUGAAGUGGACAGAGCUGCUUGACCGGUUCAAGGCGACGCAAGAAAAAGCGAGGCGGAGUCAGAGAAUGGCGAGCAUGGGCGAGGACUUGCCGGAAACAAUGCCGGAGACUGAACGUAUGGGGCCACCGCCACCAGUGCAAAAUAGAAAUCUGGGGCUCAGGCCGAGUAGUCCAGCAGGAGGGUCGAGGUUACCUCCUGUGCCAGUACAGAACCCUGUUGUACCCGGACAUAAGUCGAGGUCGAGCCUAAGCAAUCUUGGGCGGUUCGCUGGUGGUGUUGCAGGGCGAAAUAAGAAGAAGUGA